GUUUAGUGUUUACGUUCACAAAUUCAUAUUCUGGGAUGCUGCUGUUCGGUUCCGUCGGCUGUUUGGACGCCGCCAUGUUUUCAGCGACAAAAACAGAUGCGUCAUCAGGCCGCAACCCUGCGGAAAAGGAUCACGGGUGCCCUGUAGUUUUAUAAGGUUCUGAGCCCAAAUGGAGAUGAACAAUGAUGCAUUCAAGGAGGUGGAAAUGAGUGAGAAGGAGAUCCCAUUUGAACUGGAUUUGGAGACGGCGCUGGAGGAAUGUAACGCUGCCCUCCAUCUGUUUCUGAACAACAGGUUUGCAGAUGCUUUGUCUUCAUUAGAAACACGGAGGAGUCACAGCAUGUAUCAUGCUAUGGGCUACAGCAGCAUCUUACUGAUGCAGGCUGCCAUGACCUUUGACCCCAAGGACAUGGAUGUUGCCAUGACGUCAUUGAAGGAAACUCUGCACACCUGCCAGAGAUUUCGAAGAAAAAGUGGAAUAUUAAAGAGUUUGGCCAACUUUUGGUAUGGACAAUCUGUUGACAAUUUGUCCGAAGAAGAGAUGCAUGCAGAGCUAUGCUACGCCGAGGUCCUGAUGCAGAAGGCAGCACUAACAUUCCUGGAUGAAAGCAUAAUCGGCUUUAUCAAAGGAGGCAUGGGAAUGAGGAACAGUUAUCUGAUUUAUAAGAAUUGCCAGGCCAUGGAAAAUGCUACAGAAGAGGCAGAAAAAGAGAAGAGCACACACAUUCAUUUUCGAGGUGGCGUCAACAUGGGCAUCGGAUCAUUCAAUUUGAUACUGUCCAUGCUUCCGUCCAGAGUCCUCAGACUCAUGGAGUUUCUGGGCUUCUCUGGAGACAGGGAACUGGGUCUGUCACAGCUGAGAGAGGGGGCAGCAAGCAACAGCCUCCGUUCCAUCCUCAGCACCUUGACUCUGCUCAUGUUUCACCUCUACAUGAGUGUGAUACUUGGUACUGGUGAAGGAAACCUUCCUGAGGCUGAAGCGCUGCUAAAACCAUAUGCUGAAAAGUUCCCUAACGGAGCCCUGAUGCUCUUCUACGCUGCCAGAAUCGCUGUACUUAAAGGGAACUUCACAUUUGCUCAGGAGAAGUUCGUAGCAUGUAUAGCAACACAGGAAGAGUGGCGUCAGAUUCACCACCUGUGUUACUGGGAGCUGAUGUGGGCAUACUCCUUUGAGCAAAACUGGAUCGAGGCGUAUCGAUAUGCCAACCUGCUCUGCAAGGAGAACAAGUGGUCCCAGGCCACAUAUGUAUUUCAGAAAGCUGCCAUCUUAAGCAUGCUUCCAGAGGAAGAAGUAACAAAGCUGGGAGAAAAUGUAGUGGCACUAUUCAGGCAGGUGGAUGGCCUCAGAUUAAGAAUAGCAGGAAAAUCAAUUCCCACCGAGAAGUUUGCUGCAAAGAAGGCCCAGAGAUACUCCUCCCCGAACCCUCUGAAGCUUGUGGUGCCUGCUUUGGAAAUGAUGUAUGUGUGGAACGGCUUCACAGUAGUCGGCAAAAGGCCAGAGCUGACUGAGGCCAUCUUGUCGACUCUGGAGAAUGCAGAACAGCAGCUCAGGAAUGAUUUAGCUCCCUCAGAGUACCACAUGGAUGACCUGUGUGUCGUGCAGAUGCUGAAGGGCCUGUGUUUAACGCAGCUGGGACACCAGAUUCAGGCUGAGAUUUGCUUCAAUUUUGUCAUUUUCCACGAAAAAGACAUCAAGCAUGACACCUACCUGGUACCAUUUUCCAUGUAUGAGCUGGGUUUACUGCACAAGCUGAAAGGUGACAUCAAAAUGGCCAUCACUGUAAUUGAAAAUGCAAAGAUGAACUACAGAGAGUACAGCAUGGAGUCCAGACUGCACUUCCGCAUCCAUGCAGCUCUCAACACCAUGGGUUCAUUUGAAGCCAAACUUCCUCCUUCACGUACCCCAGCUUGAAAGACGGGCAGAAAGAUGGGCAGAGCUUGUACUUAAAGCUGUAGUUUAAAUCUCAUCUCCGUGUCAACUCUGAAUCCAUUCGCCCUCUUUUUUAUUACCAGACAAACCUUAGAGUUCCACCUCUGUGUAAUUUAUAAAUAUUUGAAUGUAAAAAUGUAAUUCAGUAAUACCGAGUUAUGAUACCUGGAGAUAAUACCAUAAAUAUGACCGAAUGAACUUGAUGAACAAAAUAAAUAAGGCAACACUU